GUUUGAUCACACAUGUACCAGUGUUCUACACAACGGAGCGAGGUUGUAUAAUGUCUGAAGAUUGGGAAGAAGAUGGGGGUAGUGUCGUGGUUGCAAACCCUGCGCAGACAUUUGGAGGAUUCAACCAGCGACCCUCGUUUUCCGAAAGUAAAGAAAAUGUAUAUUUUGGGGUAAAGCGUGGCCACCCUACAGCCCUGGGAAAGAGUGGACAAGAUGGUCCUCAAUGGAGAAACUGGCGAGACAGGAACGACACGUGCGGAGGUGACGGUCAAAGAAAUGGUGACCAUGAUGCUAACAGAAGAGCCCGUGGUGGUGGUCAGAGCAACAGGGAAGAUUCCGGUUCCCCAAUGGUGUUCAACCUGGAUUGUUCCGUUGUCGGACGAGUAAUUGGUAAAGGUGGAAGCAAAAUCCGCGAAAUCCAAGAUGCAAGUGGAGCACGAGUCAAGAUUAACCGUGGCGACUAUGAAGCCGAAGUCGUCCUCUUUGGUAGCAGCGAUGAACAGAAGAAAGCCAAGGAGAUGAUCGAUGAGUGUGUUUCAGACAAUGGACCAAGGUUUCGAGAUGGCAAUGGUGGAUUUGGAGGCUCGGCUCCCCCUGGCGGUGGCGGUGGCAGCAGAGGCUCCGUUUGGUCUGGCAGCCAGCUGCAGGAGUCGGCCAAGAUGUCGGAGCGCAGCGAGCGCAUCGACUGGCUCUCCAUCCGGGAGAACAAGGACAAGUUUGCCGCCAUGAAGUGGGAAGGUCUUCCUCCUUUGAAGAAGGAUUUCUACAUGGAGGACCCAGUAGUCGCAGCACGCUCAGCCGAGGAAGUUAAGGAAUGGAGAAAGGCAAACAACAACAUAUUUGUGGACGACGUCCGGGAUGAAGACAAACGAGUCAUUCCCAAUCCGGUGUGCACGUUUGAAGAGUGCUUCCUGCAUCAUCCAGGAAUCAUGGACAACAUCAAACGAGUUGGAUUCGCCAAGCCCACUCCCAUACAGUCCCAGUCGUGGCCCAUCAUCAUGAGUGGGGUGGACCUGAUUGGCAUAGCCCAGACGGGCACGGGGAAGACGCUGGCCUACCUGCUGCCAGGCUUCAUCCACAUGGACAAGCAGCCACUGGAAAGGAACAAGGUUGACGGGCCUGGCAUGCUGGUGCUCACCCCGACCCGAGAGCUGGCUCUUCAGAUCGAGCAGGAGUGCAACAAGUACAGCUACAAGGGCUACAACAGCAUCUGUGUGUACGGCGGUGGCGAUCGCAGGGCACAGAUCAAGGGCGUGACCAACGGCGUGGACAUCGUCAUAGCAACGCCGGGCAGACUCAACGACCUGCAGAUGAACGGCCUCCUCAAUUUGAAAACCAUCACCUACCUGGUUUUGGACGAGGCCGACCGGAUGUUGGACAUGGGUUUCGAACCCCAGAUCAUGAAGAUCAUCCUGGACAUCCGACCCGACAGGCAGACCGUCAUGACCAGUGCCACGUGGCCACCAGGUGUGAGGAGGCUGGCCAAGUCCUACCUGAAGGACCCCAUGAUGGUGUACGUGGGCACCCUGGACCUGGCAGCCGUGAACACGGUGACACAGCAGGUCUUGUUUGUGCAGGAGGAGGAAAAGAAGUCCUACUUGUUUGACUUCAUCCACAACAUGGAGCCCAAGGACAAAGCUCUGGUCUUCGUGGGCAGAAAGGCACAUGUGGACGACAUUUCCAGCGACCUGACUCUAAGGGGCGUGUCUGUCCAGAGUCUCCAUGGCGACCGAGAGCAGUCGGACCGAGAGGAGGCCCUGCAGGACUUCAGAGAUGGCCAUGUGCAUAUCCUGGUGGCCACAGACCUGGCGUCUAGAGGACUGGACGUCAGUGACAUCACACACGUCUUCAACUUCGACUUUCCACGGAACAUCGAAGAGUACGUUCACCGCGUGGGUCGCACAGGCCGAGCAGGGCGGUCAGGUAUAUCCGUGACACUGGUGACGCGAGAAGACUGGAGUAAAGCGGCGGAGCUGAUAAACAUUCUAGAGCGAGCUGGACAGGAUGUUCCUGAGGAGUUGGUCCAGAUGGCGGAGCGCUAUGAGAAGAAGCAGAGAGAGAAGGCCAUGAUGCCCCCAGGCAGCGGAGGAAGAGGAGGCACGAGGGGGGGAGGGGGAGGAAGAGGAGGAGGGAGGCGCGGCAGGGACGACUUCAGCAACUGGAUAGUCUGAGGAUGACGAUGAUGCAGAGGGCUAUACGAAGAAGCUGGUUCAGGAGUAAACCAGGU